AUGACGACACAGCUACCAUCAGUGACCAGAUACCGUGAUCCCUGUUCGGCGAGUCUGAACGAAGAUGACAACCACACGAUCAAGUUGAUCGGAAAUGCCCAACGGAAGGCCGUUACCCUGGCGAAAACUUGCGAAAAUACCAACGAACUGCGGGAAUGCCGUGCGCCCAAGGAUUGGUCCAUUCUGGCGCUGCAGAACACCCGAACCGGAAAGUCGCACUACCUGGUGAUCUGCAAGUGUCCCGCGCACUACCGAUUGGAGGGUCCCCUGGCCCAUGACCAGCCCACAUACGCCGGACUGCCCGGAAUCAACGUGUACGGAAUGCUGUGCAUGCCCCCAGAGUCGUACACCCCGAGCAAACCAACCCGAACUCAGCCGGCCAGCUACCAGCAGUCGUCCUCGAAUUCCUACAACAAAUGGAAGGUCCGACCGACGCUACAAUCUCACUACCGUGAUCCCGAAUACCGAUCGCUCCAGAACGCCACAAAAGUCGAUGCCGAAUAAAAAUUAAGGGACCUCCCGUUUAAUUAACAGACAACAGCAAAAACCUAACAAAAUACCUUGGAGGAGACUCUACACUACAUAGAGAUAGCUUCAUUUUCGACAGCCAAACCAAUUAGUCUUUGCGGAUAGAGCACUGUAUUUAUUUUCUUAUUUAUUGAAUUGAGGUUAUUUAUUUUUAUUUUAAAUUUUCUAUUUAUUCGGACUCCUCUGGGCGUCCCAAUGUUAGAUCUGUUUUUGUUAGCUUUCUGAGAUUUUUUUUUUCGGAGGACCUUCUUGGCUAGAAGGCUGGAGAAAGAUCUUCGAACAGACAAAAGUCAAUUAGUUUUAUUAUACGUAUAUUUAUGUAGACAAAUAUGCCCCAUGGAGACGUUUUGUACCCAAUUUUUAACGCGAAAAAAACCUUAAUUAGUCAGCCUCUUCGUCGCGCCGCGAGUGGUUGCAUUUGCAAAAAAAUCCAACCCCUCCGUUUCGAAUGACGAUGAUGCGCAAAUGUAAGACGCUGAUUAAUUAACACAAAGCUUGUUUUAAUUAAACAAAUAAAACCCCUUCCCUGUUAUUAUUAGUUUUAGAAAGCAAAAGUUGUCUCACACGAUGCAGCAGCAAACUAUGCAGCACAUAUCCCCAACUAUUGUAUUUACUAAUGACGACGAUAACGAUAGAAACGCAAUAAAAGUAAACAUGUUGCACCCCUAAUUAUAACCUGUGGCGUCUUCCUUCCACUUCCACAACGGGCACAAUGGAAGGUUUUUUUCUCGAUCGAAGAGGAUUAAGUAAUAUUGUCUCGCAGCUGGGCGCCCUAGUAAAUACCUUAACGGCUAUCCCAUGAAUAUAAAAGUGCGAGAGUUGAUUCCGACAGUUUGAAAUUUUCACUGAAAUACUCGUGUCGCAAGUGACGGAAGAAAGGGGUGGGAUUUUCCACGUGCGUGCGCCAAACACGUAUGGUAUGUGAUUGUUCUCACAUUAUUUCAACGAGGUGACAACUUCAUCUCGAUGGUUUGAGGAGCUAUCGGAGAUCGACGUUUGUCUGAUGUAGAGGUUCAUUGCCACCUGGUAACGUGAGACGGUUGAGAUAUUUGAUGAGAAAAUGGGAGUAAAAAAACGUUGGACAAAAGAAAAAAAAACGGUUGGAUCGGCGUCAGUAUGAAAAGAAUUUUUUGAGUCAAACAUGGGAAUAUGUGAAGUGAAUUUUUCCAUACCAAACAAAUUAAAAGAAAACACUUCCUAAGACAAACAAAUAAACACACACCCACACACACACACACACACACACACACACACACACACACACACACACACACACACACACACACACACACACACACACACACACACACACACACACACACACA